UUUUAACGGUCGCGGAAAGGGGAUCUACUUUCAAAAACUCAAACGCGUUACAUACGUUCGUUCAUACGAACCGAUCGUCACUAAUCGAGUUGUACGCGUCAAUUUUCUCGAGUUGUGCGCGUUAUCGUUGAUCACGAGUAGAUCGCCAAGUGACAUGUGAAUUAUAGUAUAAAGUUAAGGACGAAACGACAUAAUAAGCGUCACAAAAUGACUUCGUUGUCGCUUUUAGCAACCUACGACGAAUUGGUGAGAUGUUCGAAUGUCCUCAUAAAUGGAUCCUGCGAGGAAGAAUUCCUGCAAUUUGCUUUAAAUCAAGAGGAGAUGAGACAAAAAUGGUUGGCAUCAGAACAAGAAUGCCAACGGCUUCAUUCAGCACUGGACAAGGCUCAACACGAGAUUGCAGGAUUGGAUAGAAAACUACGUCACGCUAGAAGAAACUUGGAGGAGGAGAAUCGCAGACGUCGUAUUGCUGAGGAGCAGAAAGAUUUAUUGGAGAAACAAAUCGCUACCGCCAGAAACUUUUUGUUUACUGAUGGAGGUAGAAAUCUAAAUGAUGAAACUAGAGAAAAACUGCAGUUUCUUAAUAAUACUUCUUUGAAUCAACAAAGUAACAUGCAUAUUCAAGACAUUCACAUUGAUAAGCUUAACCCAAUAGCCGAAUUGGAUUCUACAGGCUCAAUAUUAAGUGAUCUUAACUGUCUAUCAAAAUCCGAAGAUGACUUAGAGAUCAGCACUGUUUUACAACAAACUCAGAAGGGUGGAAAGCGACAAUGGAAGGAGCGUCGUCCCAGCAGCGAAUAUCCUAAAAAACGUCGUAGCUCAUUGCACAAAGUUACAGAAUUAAAUUCUUCCGAUAGAAUAGUAGCCACUACUACUGUAGUUAUGCCGAAAGAUGGUGCGAUUACUGCAUCGUCUACGAUUGAAGCUAUACCUGGUGAUGAAAAUGCAAAUCCUCAGGUUCCUUCACAAAAUACACGCAAACGUCGUAAGAGUAGUGGAGAACAUAACAAAUCAAAAUUGUCACACAUAAAUGCAAACGAAGUACCAAUAGAUAUAGCACCAUCAGCACCAAAGGCUGAGAUUCUUACAUCAACUUCAGAUACGGAAGAUGUCUUUAAACCAAGUCCAAACAUUGGUGGAUAUACUAUGAAUACAAAAAUAUCUAGGAAUCACAGUUUUGCAACCAAAACUGUCUAUAAGCCAGAAAUGUGCACACCUUGCGGUAAAAGAAUUCGAUUUGGAAAGGUUGUUCAAAAGUGCAGAGAUUGCAGAGCUACAGCCCAUAUUGAAUGCAAAGAUUUAGUACCACUGCCAUGUGUGCCAACAGGAAAUACGCCUACGUUACGUGGUAUGCCCGUGGGUAUCAUAAAUUUUACAUCAUUAUUGGAGAAACAAAUCGCUACCGCCAGAAACUUUUUGUUUACUGAUGGAGGUAGAAAUCUAAAUGAUGAAACUAGAGAAAAACUGCAGUUUCUUAAUAAUACUUCUUUGAAUCAACAAAGUAACAUGCAUAUUCAAGACAUUCACAUUGAUAAGCUUAACCCAAUAGCCGAAUUGGAUUCUACAGGCUCAAUAUUAAGUGAUCUUAACUGUCUAUCAAAAUCCGAAGAUGACUUAGAGAUCAGCACUGUUUUACAACAAACUCAGAAGGGUGGAAAGCGACAAUGGAAGGAGCGUCGUCCCAGCAGCGAAUAUCCUAAAAAACGUCGUAGCUCAUUGCACAAAGUUACAGAAUUAAAUUCUUCCGAUAGAAUAGUAGCCACUACUACUGUAGUUAUGCCGAAAGAUGGUGCGAUUACUGCAUCGUCUACGAUUGAAGCUAUACCUGGUGAUGAAAAUGCAAAUCCUCAGGUUCCUUCACAAAAUACACGCAAACGUCGUAAGAGUAGUGGAGAACAUAACAAAUCAAAAUUGUCACACAUAAAUGCAAACGAAGUACCAAUAGAUAUAGCACCAUCAGCACCAAAGGCUGAGAUUCUUACAUCAACUUCAGAUACGGAAGAUGUCUUUAAACCAAGUCCAAACAUUGGUGGAUAUACUAUGAAUACAAAAAUAUCUAGGAAUCACAGUUUUGCAACCAAAACUGUCUAUAAGCCAGAAAUGUGCACACCUUGCGGUAAAAGAAUUCGAUUUGGAAAGGUUGUUCAAAAGUGCAGAGAUUGCAGAGCUACAGCCCAUAUUGAAUGCAAAGAUUUAGUACCACUGCCAUGUGUGCCAACAGGAAAUACGCCUACGUUACGUGGUAUGCCCGGUACUAUAGCUGAUUAUACACCUAUAAUACCGCCUAUGGUGCCUUCCAUAGUAGUUCAUUGUAUUAACGAAGUUGAAUUACGUGGAAUGAACGAACAAGGUUUAUACAGAGUGAACGGAGGGGCUGCAGAUGCCAAAAAUCUUAAGGAUAAGUUUCUAAAGGGCAAAGGUGCUCCAAAUCUUUCUAACGUCGAUAUCGCAACCAUCUGUUCUACUCUGAAAGAUUUUCUCAGAUCUUUACGUGAGCCGCUAAUCACUGUCGCUUUAAUGGGAGACUUCGUGCGUGCGACAACGUUAACGGAUAAACAAGAUGCCGAUGCCGCUCUUUAUCAAGCAAUUUCAGAAUUGCCGCAACCGAAUCGAGAUACUUUAGCCUUCCUGAUGUUACAUUUACAGAGAGUAUCGAGUAGUCCUGAAUGUAAAAUGCCCAUUAGUAAUCUCGCCAAAGUUUUUGGACCGACUUUAGUUGGUUAUACUUCCAAGGAACCAUCUCUCACUAUGCUCAGUGAAACCAAACAUCAAGUUGCGGUAGUAGAAAAUCUGCUUCAAAUUCCAUCGGAUUAUUGGGCUACUUAUGUGAAUCCAGCGAACUCGAAUGAUAUUUGUACUCCAAAAAUGGGCGAAUUAAAACAUACACCUUCAACAGAAUCGCUCCUUAAGCGCAGUAUCUCCCGUGGUUUCUUCAAUACUCCGCUUUCUUCCAGCCGUACUUUUGCUAGGAGAAACAAGAAAUACUUUGCUACACCACCUUCCAAGGCAGGAUACUAAUGAGUAAAUUUAUAUUGGUUAUACUAUAACAUAAGUCAUAAUUGCACAGAAACUUGAUAUUUAAUGGUAUAUGUUUAUAUGUAUUUUUUUUUUGUAAAUAUGCUUAUAUACACAAUAAACAUUUCUAACUUUGUAUUUUGUU